CGCCUGGGGCGUGGCCUCGGCGGGGCUGGCACCUGCGCGGGCGGCGCGAGAAGUGGAGUGCGGCGUUGGCAUCGGGUCUGCAGCGCCCGCAGGCCUCUGUGCUCAGCCUGGGACCAUGGGGAGGAAGAAGAUCCAGAUUUCAAGAAUUCUGGACCAAAGGAACCGGCAGGUGACCUUCACGAAGCGGAAGUUCGGACUGAUGAAGAAGGCCUACGAGCUGAGCGUGCUGUGCGACUGCGAGAUCGCGCUCAUCAUCUUCAACAGCGCGCACCGCCUCUUCCAGUACGCCAGCUCCGAUAUGGACCGCGUGCUGCUGCGCUACACCGAGUACAGCGAGCCGCACGAGAGCCGUACCAACGCCGACAUCCUGCAGACAUUGAAGCGGAGAGGCAUGGGCCUUGAUGGCCCAGAGCUGGAGCCAGACGAAGGACCUGAGGGGACAGGAGAGAAGCUUCAGAGGCUGGCAGGUGAUGGGGGUGACCCGGCCUUGCCCCGGCCUCGGCUCUAUCCAGCAGCCCCCAUGAUGCCCGGCCCAGAUCUGGUGUUCGGGGCUCUGCCCCCACCAGGCUGCGAUCCCAGUGGGAUUGGAGAGGCUCUGCCAGCCCACAGCCGCCCAUCUCCCUUCCGACCAGCAGUCCCCAAAGUGGGGCCCCCAGGCCUGGGGCACCCUCUUUUCUCACCAAGUCACCUCAGCAGCAAGACACCACCACCCCUGUACCUGUCCGCAGAUGGCAGGAGGCCAGGAGCUCUGAGCACCUCGAGAAGCCUCUACAGUUGCCUGCAGGGUCCCAGCGCCCCGGCAGCACCGGGACCCCCCUUGGGGAGCUUCACCUUCCCCACAGCCCCCCCAGAGUACAGCCUGGGGGACCCCCCGCCUGGCCCUGGCCUGCUGCAGCCCCCCACCCUGACCUCCUGGCCAUCCUCGAGGGCCGAGGGCGCCGGGGCCAUGGCUGCCCCAUCCAGCGGCGGCCGCAGCUUGAGUGAAGACGGCGCCCCGGCCCGCGGCGCCUCCCCGGCCAGCCCCCGGGUCAGCGUCAAGUCGGAGCCGCUGUCGCCGGCGCCCGGGGGCCCCGGAGACUUCCCCCGGCCCUUCCCGUACCCGCUGCUGCUCGCGCGGCCGCUGGCGGAGCCGCUGCGCCCCUCGCCCCCCGCGCGCGGUCUGCCCGCCGCCGCCUGGACGCGGUAGGGCCCGAGGCGUGGGACGGGGCGCCCUGCCCCUGCGACCCACCAAUAAAA